AGCGCGCAUGCGCACUGUCGAGAAAGGCUAGCAUACUGGAGGUCGAACAGAAGGGAUUUUAAAAAAUUUCCCUUCGAUUUCGGGAUUUAAAAUGCCACAGGAUUAUGAUAAAGAUGCUUACCCCGAGCCCCCGAGCCAGACUCCUGUUGUGGAUAAGCAGACUGUUGUCCCUAAUCCAGUCUUAAUUAUAUCAAAGAUCUUCUAUUAUUCUGUGGAUCUGCCUGUGACUACAUUCAGAGACGCUAUCGACAGCAUCCGGGGCAAGAACAAGUACUACUACUAUCACCAGAAAUUUCGCCGUGUGCCGGAGCUGACAGAGUGUCAAGAGGGUGACUAUAUGUGCUAUUAUGAAGCAGAGAUGCAGUGGAGGAGAGAUCAUAAAGUGGACCAGGAGAUCGUGAAAAUUAUUCAGGAACGGGCCCGCGCUUGCCAACAACGCGAGGGCCCCAGCUACAUACAGAACUGCGCAAAGGAGCUCGAGCAAUUUAAGCAGGUCACCAGGGCAUACCAGUCACGCUAUGGGGAUCUUGGAGCAUAUGCCGGUGCCCGGAACUGCUUAAUGAAGCAAAAAGAGCGCAUGAUGUCUGAGGCACAGAAAGCAUAAACCCUUGCUCCUGUCAGUUUCCUUUCUGUGAUGUAUAAAUGUGUACAAUAAAGUUUAUUAAACUGAUUUAUGUAAAUGG